UCUACACUUCACUCUCUUUCUUCCAAUUCAUCAUUCCUCUCGUUUACGGGCUGCGCCCUUUGUCUAUCUUUUAGAAAAAAACAUCCAUCACCAUCACCAUGCAGUACCGUGCUAUCAGCUCUGCUCUCCUGCUCGCCCUUCUGUCCCCUGCGGCUUACGCCCAGGUCGUCGGCACCCCGACUGGUUUCGCUGCCGGCACGACUGGUGGUGGAAGCGCCGAGGCCGCCGCUCCUGCCGACAUCAAGGAGCUUGCUGAGUGGCUUUCCGACGACCAGGAGAGAGUCAUCCUGAUCGACAAGGAGUUCGACUUCACUGGUACCGAGGGCACUACCAAGGAGACUGGUUGCGCUCCCUGGUCUGACCAGUGCAGCACCGGUGCUCAGCUUGCCAUUAACGGUGCCAACGACUGGUGCGGUGACAAGACUCCCGCCGACGUCAACUACGACAAUGCUGCUCUUACCGCGCUCGAGGUCGGCAGCAACAAGUCGAUCGUUGGUGUCGGCUCCAAGGGUGUUCUCAAGGGCAAGGGUCUCAUGCUCAAGAACAACGUUGAGAACAUCAUCAUCCAGAACAUUCACAUCACUGAGCUCAACCCUCAGUACGUCUGGGGUGGUGAUGCCCUGACCCUCAACGGCUGCGACAAGGUCUGGAUCGACCACAACAAGUUCUCCAAGAUUGGUCGCCAGAUGAUUGUCAGUGGUUACGAGGCCGCUGGUCACGUUACCAUCUCCAACAACGAGUUUGACGGAAAGUCCGAUUACUCCGCCUCGUGCAAUAACCAGCAUUACUGGGUGUGGCUCUUCUAUGGCGCGAAGGACUGGUACACCGUCCAGGGCAACUACCUCCACGAUGUGUCCGGCCGCAACCCCCACAUCGGAACCGACGACUCUCAGAUUGUCUUCCACGCUGUCAACAACUACUGGAGCAACGUUGGUGGCCACUCCUUCGACGUUGCUGCCGGUUGCGACAUCCUGGUUGAGGGCAACGUCUUCGAGAAGGUCGACACCCCCUUCACUGAGGAGUCUGCUUCGGGCGGCUCGCACAUCUUCAACGUGCCCUCCGGCUCUGAGUCCUCCUGCUCCUCCUACCUUGGUCGUGACUGCGUUGCCAACUCGGUCACCGGCUCCGGCGACUUCACCAAGUUCGACGACGAGGAGGCUCUCGCUGGCUUCUCCGGCCUCGAGAAGAGCAUUGUCGAGGCUAAGGACGCUUCUACUGUCGCCAGCGAUGUUGUCGCCAACGCUGGUGUCGGCAAGCUCUCUUCCUCUGGCUCGAGCUCCUCCGGCUCCGGCGCUGCUGCCGGUACCCCGGUCUCCACCCCCACCCCUACCCCCAUGAAGUUCAGGGCUUAAGCGAUAAGCUCUUGUGGAGUUGGAGAAAGCCAUCAUGAAAAGAGUGGCUGGUGGAAUUAGAAGGGACAGGGUGCAGGACUUGCAUGGAUGCGGUUAUACUCACCC